AUCUGACCUUGUACCACUAAGUCCUCUGCUGGAUAUGAGGAUACACGCUGAAAGUGUUCGCUGAUCCAUUUGUCGGUUUUCCUUCGGAAUUUAGGGCUUCACAGGAAUGUGUGCGGCUGCUUGGGAGGCCGAGUGGGAGAGAGUACUGUGGAAGAAGAAAGGCUACCCCGAUAACUUUGUGCCUCGUUCCUUUCUCGCUUCUCUUAGUAGGAAUGCGAACUUCACACCAUACACUUACUGGAGUUUGGUAACGGCGAGCUCGUCCAUCAUCCAACAUAUUGCGGUUAUAUUUGUCUUUCUUUCUGUCUUUGUUUGGUUAAAGGAACGGUUGAUUGACCCACGAAUCAUCAUCUGGGUUUCCGUAGGGGGCUUCAUAGUCGGGUAUCUCACCUGGGAAGCUCUCGCGUAUCGUGGCUUUCAGGGCCAUUCCCUCUAUGCUAGCCGUGCGAAAGCUGUCAAGUCGUCCAUACUUGUAUUCUUGGCUUUGUUGGCACUCUCACCGGUGUUACGGACGUUAACCGCUGCCACGUCGUCCGAUUCAAUAUGGGCACUCUCUGCCUGCCUCUUCAUCCUCAAUAUUCUACUGGCUGACUACAGCACGGCAGUUGUCGAGACCUAUCCUCGCGAAAGACUAACGUCUGUUCUCUCAAUGAACGCAGCCAUAUCGUCCUCCGUCGUCUUGGCUUCUCGAUUAGUGGAUGAUCAGUCUGUUUUUGCCUUGACCUUAUUCUCCAUACAAGCCUUUGGCUUGUUCCCCAUUCUGAGGCGUCGUCUGCAGGCCGGACCUACGCUUAUUCGGGCAAUACUCACCAUAUACUUGGUAACCUCGUCUCUGAGCUUCAUGGCUCCCUUGUCAUCGAUGGUGGCCUCCCUCUAUGCUGCAAUCUACGUCUUUAUCAUGGCAGUUGCCCCCGGCCUAUUGAUGUGGGCCCAACGGUACAAGAACGAACUGCGCGGCACCUGGGAUGUAGCUGUACCUAAAGUGAAAAUGAAUCAAUGACGACCCAGCGCGCGCAGUAGAAAACUGGAGAUUGAAUGUUGUCCCACAGUUGUCCACAACUGAACAUGAACGGAUCAGGGUACACACCUCAUAUGUGAUCUUGUAUGUGAUCUAUGAUUUCAUUCAGUAUGACACACUCGCACCUUCAUCUUCUGAGUUACCAAGAUCUGCACUGUGUGUCAUGUAUCACGUACUUGCUCUCCGGUGCGUCAUAGGUUUUUCGACAGCAAGUAAUCAAAUUCUAUUUCAUAAAUGUGCGGAGCAGAGCGAUAGUGAUACGUACGACAGAAAGCAAAUGGUAUAUUACACGAAUUAUACUACAGGGGAAUAUGGGGUUAGCUCGAGAAGGGGGUAACGGUUGUGGCAUGAAAGCAUCAUCUACAUAAUCCCGAGACUAGCUGUUUUGUAUCAGUACAGAGUCAAAGAUGGCGAGAAAAAUACAAGAUAUUCAUAGCUG